AUGAUGACUAGGGGCGCUGGAGGCGCCGGUGGAGCUGGAGGAGCCGACGGUGCUGGUGGCGCUGGUGGUGCGGGCGGAACUGGCGGUGUUAUUAUUCGGAUCGGGAUCGAGCGAACAGCGGGAUUCGGAAGCGAUCCCAUCGACCUACUGCCACCACCUCGUGACUGCAUCAGAAUGUUAAAGGCCGACGUGGCGGCCAGAGUUAUCGUAAAGUCUUCUCGAGCUGCAGGUGGGAAGAGGGUCCUCACAGCGGGAGGUGAAUGCAUCGUGCUGGCAACAGAUAAGGCAGCACGCCUCGUGAAGCACGUGAAACGCCGAGGGAAGUAA